AUGGCUCCUGUCUGCCCAGCCCCGAGUGGAGAGCGUUACGAGCGUCUACCCGACUACGCCAAGCCGGCUCACUAUGUUUUGCGUUUGGAGCCUGACUUUGAAUCAUUCACCUUCAAAGGACGCGCUGAAAUUGACGUCGAGAUCUUGAAGCCGACGACAAAGCUGAAGCUGCAUGCGAAAGCGUUGAACAUUGGCGCAAUCGCGCUGCAUCUGGCUAACGGACAAGAAUUCCGUGAUCUGCAGCACACCUACUCUGAUACGGCCCAGGUUGUCGAGAUCACAUUACCUGUCGAAAUCGCUCCUCAGAAAACGAAGCUCUCUAUUGACUACAUUGGUGUCCACAACGACCACAUGCAAGGCUUCUACCGCUCCAAGUACACGGCCGAUGGCAAGGAUCACUGGAUGUUCAGCACGCAAUUCGAAACCACUUACGCUCGCCAAGCGUUCCCCUGCUGGGACGAGCCCGUAUUCAAGGCUACCUAUGACGUGACCCUUGUCGUCGAUGACGGGUUGACCGCACUCAGCAAUGCUAUGGAAAAAUCCAGCACUGUGGAAGGAAAGAAGCGCAUUGUCAAGUUUGACACCAGCCCAUUGAUGAGCAGCUAUUUGGUGGCGUUUGCUGUUGGGAAGUUCGAGUACUUGGAGGGGAAAACCCCGAAGGGCACCUUGGUGCGCAUCUACACCGUCCCCGGCAAGAAGGAGUUCGGCCAUUUUGCUCUUGAAGUUUCCACGAAAGCCCUAGACUGGUACGGCGAUUGGUUUGGCAUCCCGUACAUGAUGCCGAAAUGCGAUCUCAUUGCCAUCCCUGACUACAGCAUGGGUGCUAUGGAGAACUGGGGGCUGAUCACGUUCCGUGAGAUCGCCCUCCUCUUCGAUCCGGCCAAGACCUCGACCAAGCAAAAGACCUAUGUCGCACUCGUCAUUGCCCAUGAACUGGCUCAUCUGUGGUUUGGUGACUUGGUCACAAUGAAAUGGUGGACUGAUCUCUGGCUCAAGGAGGGUUUCGCUUCCUUCAUGGAAUAUCUUUUCGUUGGCUACAACUACCCAGAGAUGAAGAUUUGGCUUCACUUCCUGAACGACGAACUCUCGUCUGGCUUUGACCUCGAUUCUCUAAAGAAUUCUCACCCAAUCGAGGUUCCCAUCGAGAACCCGAACGAGCUUGAUGAGAUUUACGACUCAAUCACUUACGCCAAGUCCAACUCGAUCAACCGGAUGUUGUGCUUCUACCUGGGAGAGGAGAAAUUCAAGCAAGGCCUGCGCAACUACCUCCAGAAAUUCAAGUAUGCCAACGCUGAAACAAAGGAUCUGUGGGCCGCGCUUUCUGAGGCUAGCGGACAGGACGUCGCAGCUCUGAUGUCCGGGUGGACCAGUCAAAUGGGAUUCCCGGUGGUUUCCGUUAACCAGCUGACCCAAGAGAAUGGAAAACGCGUGCUAGCUUUUGAACAGAAACGUUUCCUCGCUGAUGGCUCUGAAGAUCGGGCCGCUUCUUUGUGGAAGGUCCCAAUUACUCUAUCACGAUCCGGCCAACCUGAUGAACCUUUCCACCGGUUUGUGCUUUCCGAGAAGCGUCAAGAAGAGACGGUCACGAUCCCCGACUUGGAGUGGCUGAAGGUUAACCAAGGCACUACUGGCUUCUACCGUGUGCGUUAUGAUGAGCAUCUCCUUCAUCCACUCGUCACGGCUACCGGAAACAGCCAGCUUCCUGUCCUCGAUCGAUUCGGGCUCGGAAAUGAUCUUUUCGCAUUGUUGUUCGCCAACCAAGUUACUGUCGAUCAAGCGCUCUCUUUCCUCGAGAUGUCGCGCAAUGAGACGGAAUACGCGGUGUGGCGCAGUUUGGACAUGGGCAUCGCCCGCCUCGGCGGAAUGGUAGAUUAUGCCGACGAGGACGGUUCAUUGAAGAAAAGGUUCGACCGCUACCUGAUCGACACCUUGAGAAACACUGCUGAUCGACUUGGGUGGACGUACACUGAUGGUGAAGACAGCCAGGUUGGCUUGCUCCGUGGGCUGAUCAUCGGGCGCAUCUGCCGGGCUGGUGACGAGAAGUACAACGCCAAGGCCUUGGAACUCUUCCACAAAUACAUCGAUUCAAACGUUCCACUUCACGCAGAUCUUCGCGGACCGGUCUUCGGAGCUGCGAUUCGCGCCGGUGGUGAUAAGGAGUUCCAACUGCUUCGCUCCCACUACGAGACUUGCGGCUUCCCUGAAGUGGAGCGAACUGCCCUUGUCGCUUUAGGGCAGACGUGCGCCAAGUCGGGUCGACUUGAGACGCUGUUCGACUAUGCCAUCACGCAGGGCAAAGUUCGCACUCAAGAUCUGCAUUCGUUGUUCAUGGGGCCUGCCUGCACGCGCUCUGGGCAACAAUGGGUCUGGGACUAUUUCAAGAAGAACUUGAACCAGCUAACCGAGAAAUAUGGCGGCGUUCAGACGAUGCUCUUCCAACGCUGCUUCAAGUUUGCCGCGGAAGAGGCUUGCAGUGAAGCCGUUGCCAAGGAAGUCGAUGAAUUCUUCUGCGGCAAAGUAGACCCCUCAUCACUGAAGACCUUGGAUCGUCCUAUCAAGCAGGUAUCCGAGCGCAUCCGCAACAACGUGAAGCUGCUAAAGGAGGCCGGGCCCCAGCUGGACGCCUAUCUUAAGAGCAAGGGCUAU